AAUAUUGAACUUAAAAUUACAAAAAAAAAUCAUUUUAAUACUUUAACAGUAAGAUUUGUUAAUACUUUAACAGUAAGAUUUGUUAAUACUGUAACAGUAAGAUUUGUUAAUACUUUAACAGUAAGAUUUGUUAAUACUGUAACAGUAAGAUUUGUUAAUACUGUAACAGUAAGAUUUGUUAAUACUGUAACAGUAAGAUUUGUUAAUACUGUAACAGUAAGAUUUGUUAAUACUUUAGCAGUAAGAUUUGUUAAUACUUUAACAGUAAGAUUUGUUAAUACUUUAACAGUAAGAUUUGUUAAUACUUUAACAGUAAGAUUUGUUAAUACUUUAACAGUAAGAUUUGUUAAUACUUUAACAGUAAGAUUUGUCAAUGCAAGAAGGCAUAUUGGUUUAAUGAUGAUAGAGGGAUGA